AUGGCAAGUUCACGACGAAUCGGGCGCAUACUCGUGAUCGCGACGCUGCUCCGAUCUGUGGCCGCGCUAUGGCCCAUACCGCGUUCGCUCUCGACCGGAGACACGGUGCUCAAGCUGUCCCCGCUGUUCGACAUCGCCACCGACAUCGCCCACUCGCCCGAUGACCUCCUCGACGCCAUCCAUCGCACCAAGGUUCAGCUUGCUGGGGACAAGCUCCAGCCUCUCGUCGUGGGCCGAGGCGCGUCCCUGCGACCCGCAAUCGCGAGCGCGGGCACGCUCGACACGCUCGUUCUAUCUCUCUCUUCCCCGCACCCUCGGUCCACGCGCAGUAUCUCCGGAGAAACGACGAGGGAUCUAUUUGAUCGCGACGAGGGAUACGCGCUAGUCAUCCCGACGAACGACACGGUCGCGACGCUGGUGGCGAACACCACGCUCGGGUUGUUCAGGGGCCUGACGACGUUCAGUCAGCUGUGGUACGAGCAGGAUGGGAACGUGUACACGUACGAGGCGCCGAUUGCGAUCGCCGACUGGCCGGCCUUCCCUUAUCGUGGCUUCAUGCUCGACACCGCGAGGAACUACUUUCCUGUGGAUGACAUCAAGCGCACGUUGGAUGCCAUGAGCUGGGUGAAGCUCAACACGUUUCAUUGGCACGUUGUCGACAGCCAGAGUUUCCCUCUGGAGAUCCCCGGCUUUCCCGAACUUUUCGACAAAGGACCUUACUCGGCGAGCGAAACGUACACGACCAAGGACGUCCAGGAGAUCGUAGACUAUGCGGCACAGCGAGGCAUCGAUGUGGUCGUAGAAAUCGACACUCCGGGUCAUACGGCCGUCAUCGCUGAAGCUUACCCCGAGCACAUCGCGUGCCUGCACAAGUCACCCUGGUCGCAAUACGCAGCCGGUAGGUCGCACAUCACGACCCACUUCACAAAACGCCUGCUGAGCGCGGCCGCCGAGCUCUUCCCGUCCUCGCUGUUCAGCACCGGCGGCGACGAGGUCAAUAUGCGCUGUUACGAGGAAGACGACGAGACGCAGGAGCAGCUCCGCGGCAGCGGGAAGAGCGUCGAGGACGCUCUGAGAGAGUUUACGCGUGCGAGUCACGACGCGUUAAGGGCUCAGGGAAAGACGCCCGUGGUUUGGCAAGAGAUGGUUUUGAACCAUGAUCUCCACUUGCCUAACGACACGGUCGUCAUGGUCUGGAUAUCGUCCGAGCACACGGCGUCUAUCAUCAAACAAGGUUUCCGCGUCGUGCAUGCGCCAUCCAACUAUUUCUACCUGGACUGCGGCGGCGGACAAUGGCUGGGGAAUGAUACUGAAGGAACGUCGUGGUGUGACCCGUACAAGCACUGGCAAAAGGCAUACAGCUUCGAUCCGUUCGCAGACCUUCAGGAAUCCGAAUACGAUCAAGUCCUGGGCGGUCAGCAUCUUCUUUGGACCGAGCAGUCGUCGCCGGAGAACCUAGACGCGACGGUGUGGCCCCGCUCCGCGGCGGCGGCGGAGAUCUUCUGGACGGGGUCGGCGCUUCCGGACGGCUCGCCGCGCAACGUCCGGGAGGCGCUGCCGCGGAUGCACGAUCUGCGCUUCAGGAUGGUGCGGCGCGGGGUGAAGGCGAUCGCGCUGCAGCCGCUGUGGUGCGCCCUCCGCCCGGGACAGUGCGACAAAGUGUGGGGCGAAGGCGUUCAUGUGCAGGGGCAUGAGACGACGGCGGGGGACGUGGGUUCUUCGCCCAUGGACAGUCACGAGAACCAGGCCGUUCUAGCGGAGGACUGA